AUGCUGAGGGGAUCGGGAAGCGAAUAUGUGGCUAUUGAGCAUUUCGCUGGUACGAGCGGUAACUUUGGUUAUCCUUGCUCUUUGCCUACACUUCAUCAUCAAGACCCUACUAAGACCAUCAUUCUUACAGUUGCGACAUCUUCCAGGACCAAAAUCGGCCAUGCCUUGCGCAUCCUCCGUGGAUCAGGACCAAAUGAUCUCUAUCUCCAAUGGAUGCGGCGUUGGCCGAACGCACCGUUCAUACGCAGUCUCUCUUGGCUCAACUCGGAGGUUCUCCUCGUGAACAACAUAGAAGCAUGUCGCGAGGUCCUCCAAACCAAUGCUUAUCGCUUCGCGAAACCGGCGUUCUUUCAUACACUUGUCGGAGAGUUUCUGGGCGUCGGUCUGCUUUUCAGCGUUGGACCUCUGUCUCGGCCGAGUAUUCGGAAACUGUUCCCGACCUUUGUGACCUACUCUCACAAGUUGAACAGUGAGAUUGAUGCUGCGAUCCAACGAAGCAGCAACGGUGUCUUGGAACUCGAGGAUCUGUUUACAAGAGUGACACUUGACAUAAUCGGCGUCUCAUUGGUUGGUAAAGAACUUCGACGCUUUCGCUCAAAGACCUCGCCUUUAUCAUUUGAACAAUGCUACAAUGGUAUCCUGGCGCAGCCACUUGCUGGCCAGAUAAUCAGCUUCAUCAACCCCUUCAUCCCACUCCGUUGGUUACCUGUAUCUGCAAAUCUGAACUUUAUCAAGGCCAAAUCUGCUCUCAAGAGCAUGAUGACAGAACUGAUCGAGCAGCGGACAUCUGAGGUAGCAAGGGCAAAGGAGCUGGGUACAGAUACUACACUAUCGGAUGACUUGUUGACAAGGAUGAUUGAAGCAAGUUCUGUUGAGAGUCAGAAGUUGUCUCGGGAUGAGUUGAUCGAUAUAACUAUGCAGGUCAUCGCGGCGGGACAUGAGACUACAGCCAGUGCCCUCCUCUGGACAAUCUACGCCCUUUCCAAAGACCAGAAGUCACAAGACCGGUUGAGGGCCGAGAUCCUGGGUCUGAACGAUGACGACACAACCGCCAAAGCGAUAGAUGUUCUGCCGUACCUCGAUAACGUGGUUAAAGAAGCUCUUCGCGUAUACUCCCCCACCCUUAUCAUACCAUGGGAAGCACUAGAGGAUAUCGAAAUAUUAGGCGUUAGGAUCCCAAAAGGGACAACGGUUCAGCUUGUUCCCGCAAUGACGCAACUGAACCCCGAGAUCUGGGGUCCUGAUGUGGAGACCUUCAUUCCUGAUCGAUGGGAUCGUCUCUCCGCCGAUGCUCUGAGCCCAUAUGCCAUGGAGACAUUCUCAAAUGGGCCUCGCAUGUGUCCCGGAAAAGCUUUAGCUUUGCUAAAUAUGAAGGUCCUGUUGGUUGGGUUGAUCAGAGACUUCAGGAUCGAGAGUGUUGGAGACGAGGAGGUGGAGUUUAGAAACCCGAGCUUGACUUUGAAGUCUAAGAAGCCACUUCGGUUUAAGGUGCGGCGUGUUAGUGAAGGGUCUUGA